AUGGGAACAGAUCCGAUUGGUGGAGCGCUGGGUGGUGCGGGCCAAUCCUCAGCAGGAGAUUCCGCCAGCACUUCUCAUUGGCUGGGAGGCUUGGCUGGCGUAUCUGCCCCAGCCACAUCAGGAGCCACGGGAGGAGAUGGGGCAAGAGCGGGGGAGUGUGUGUUGCGUGUUGAGUUGUGUCUGAAAUCAAGGUCGCUGACUACCCCAUCUCGUGACUCCACUUCCCUCUCCUUCCACCUCUCCUCCCUCCACCUCACCGCCUUCCAGCCCACCCUCCUCGCCCUACUCGCCUUCUCCUCCUCCCUCUCCACCCCAACUCCCCCAUCCCCCUCCUCUGCCCUGCCGGGCAGCGGGGGCACCAAGAGGCAAUACUCGCAGGGCAGGGAGGGGGGGAGUGGGCUCAUAGGAACACACCCCUCUGCAGACCUCUCACUCUUCGAGAGCCCCCCUAGCUCCUUCUCCUCUGCUGCCUCCUCGCCCUUCAACUCUCCCCCACCCACUACUGACGUCCUGCUGUCGCCGGCAGUACUGGCUGCUGAUGCACCGGUCAGGAGUCCACAGAGGUUGAGGGGGCGGGUAGGAGUGGGACGGCAGGGGAUGGAGAGGCAGAGUGCACGGGCUGUUUUUGAAAAGGUGUCUGGAGAUGAUGUCACUGACGCUGCUGCUUCUGGUGGCGGUGUUGCCUCGCACGAUGGUGGCACUGCCACUCAAACAAGUUCUUCUCUGCAUCCUGCUCCCACCCACGGCCCAUCCACUCACGUUGUUCUGCAUGCUCCUGACAACUCAGGUGGGGGCGGCGCAAAACUGAUUCUGGACGGCAGAGUAACUGGACUGGUGGUCCGGCUGAUGGAGGAAAGGGACGAAGCAACACUUGAAGAACUGAAAGGAGGGGCAGAGGAGAUUCAUUUGAUGGCAGGAAGGAAGGAAGGAGAGGGAAAGGGCCAAGUGGUGGAGGUGGCAACUGCUUCGCUGAGUGAGGCACUGGUGCAGGCUGAUGUGAAGCAUGUGAUGGGCCAAUCCCUGCCUGCCACGUGGGCAUCCUGUGGACGCGUCAGUGGGUUUGAGGUAUGGGGCCCUGUGGGUGAUGGGGGCCGCUAUGUUCCUCAUCUCCCUGUAGAUCCUGCCUCUACGCCCCCACCAAGCACUCUACAACUGCAGCAAGGGCAGCAGCAGCAGCAGCAGCAGCAGCAGCAGCAGCAGCAGAAGCAGGUGAUAGUAGGCAGUGUGUGGGCACCGGGAGCACAACCCGGUGCCAUAACCUUUGCAGCCCAUGGCGCUCACAUUGGGCCAUCUGGGGAGGGUGUGACUGGGGCAGGCGCCAUGCUGCAUGUGGAUGUGGCUGUUUCUCGUGUGCUGCUCGUGGUCUCACAGCCGUUCACACACAGGCUUGUGGAGCAUGUCGCUCGCUACCUCCCUGCUCCCUCCCUCACUGCUACUGCAACCCACGGUGUUCCUAGGGAAAGUGGGCAGGCCGCAUCAGUGUCACCCCUUGCACAGUGUAGUCUUGAAAGGGGGCAGCAGGAGCAGCAGUCACAGCACGCAAGUUUCACUACUGCUACUGCCACUAGCCCCUCACCCUCUCCCCAUAUCGCACUCCCUGCACGCACCCCUCUCUUUAUGCCCGUCUCUUUCGAUUCCCCGUCUCCAUCCAGCCACCACACAGGAAAGCCCAGAGCAGCCCGCACUGCCAUUGCUUCCCCUGCCACCACCCGUCUCUCCCCCUCCCCCUUACGAGGGGGGAUUGCUGUUCGGGGGGUUGGGGGAGUGAAGCAGCUGAAAAGUGGAGGGUCAGGGGGAUGGGCGGGUGGGGAGGGGCGGACCAGCGGGAGCAGCCAAACCAGCCCUCUGGGGGUGAAAGGCAAGGGGAAGCGAGAGAGGGGUGAGGGGGGGAGUGUGGGGGGGCUGGGGAGUGUUGGGGGGGCGGGGAGUGGGUCUGGGGAGGGCGACAGCUGGUCAGGGGCUCAGUUUUUCAGCCCUGUGGGGGACAGUCCCCUGAGAUGGGGAGUGGUGGAGGAGGGGGGUGCGGUGGAGGGCGACGGGGAGGAGUGGGAGCAAGGGCAAGGGAGAAUGAGAGUGGAGGGGACUGUGAGAGUAGAGGGGUGUGAGAUUGCUGUCAUUCCCUUACGACAUCCUCAGAGCUUGCUCCAGCCUUCCACAGCCAGUCAGAUUCAGCCACGUGGAUCUAAUGGGAUCAAACCAGCAACAGUGUUGGGACAGUGGGUGGGCCAUCCGUGCCUGAUUAUUGAGCUGCCUCUCAUCACUGCCAUCCUCCCACGCCACGUGGCAUGCUGGGAUUGGUCCUCAUCUGGCACAAUUACAUGGCUUGAUCGGAGGGAGCAGCAUGGAACCAGUGGGGAGGAGAACAAGGUGGCAGGGUGGGUGGGAGAGAGAGUGCCUGUGGUGCAGCGAGUGGAUGUGCUGCUGCAUGUGGCACUGCCACAGGCUGCUGGGGGCGGUCAGCCCGGUUCUGCACUGCAGGGUGCAGCACGAGGAGGAGUGGGUGUGGGGUCUGAGGCGGCAUCGGGGAUGGUGGAGUCGGGAGGAGGGGAGACAGCAGCCAUGGGCAGCCCGCAUGAGUGGAUGCGAGUUAUGGUUCAACUCCCUUCCCCCACUCUCUGGGCCUUCCUCCCUGCCUGGUCUCUCCUCGCUUCCCUGCUUGCUGCUAAGGCACCUAAAGGAGGCGACACAGGAGGUGCAGAGGUGGCAGGGGGUCAGCGUGCAAGAGGCAGUAAUGGAUCAGGCGUAAGGGAGGGGCAGGGGAUUGGAAGGAGAGGUGUGAUGGGAGGUGGGGGAGCUGAGGGGCUGACAGGGAUGAUGGGUGUGAGGCUGGGUGCGGCUGGUGGUAGUGGAGGGCAUGGUGAUAUUGAGGGGCUGCUGUGCGCGUCUCUUGAGGAGGGGGCGAGUGGGGAAGCAGAGGGGGAAGGAAUUGGCGUCUUGGUUGGUGAAAUUGGCACAGGCAGUGAUGGUGGUAAUGCAGCAGCAGUAGCAGUGGCAGAAGAACCAGCAGCGCGUGUGCAUGUGAAGGUGCAUGCAGGUGUGAAGGUUGAUGGGCUCACUCUCAUACUUCCCAGUCACAGCACCUCCCAGCGCACCCAGGGUGCCUCGCAGCACACCUCUCCUCCCUCUGCUCCUCACGCCCGCCCACAUCAGGCGGCAGAGCAGCAGAGGGGUGCAGAGGAAUGGGGUAGCAACAGGGAUGGGUGCAGUGCGGUGGUGGUGCGUGUGAGGGCUGUGCACUCCCACAUGCAGGCUUCAGUGUCUGCCGAUACCAGUCUCAGCAGAGCCGCUCUCUCUGCUGGUCUGCACUCUGUGGACUUGGCCUGUGUGCGCCGCCUUGGCUUGGAGCACACUGGGGUGGGCAGUGGUGGCACUGAAAACCUGGUCACAUCCGACCCUCUUCAUCUCCCUCCUGCCUCCCUCAAUGCUGCUUCCCUACCAUCAAGCUCCAGCCCCUUCUCCCUCCGCCUUAGCUGCUUCCUGCCUCCUCCUGCAGAUUCUCCCCCACCUGGCCCUGCCCCUGCCUCUGCAUCUGCCUCCACCGCAUCCAACCCACCAUCUGUUCGCCUUCCACCUCCCCCUCCCGCCUCAAUGCGCCUGCUGCAGCUGGCAGGGCUGCAGCUGCGACUGGCAGCAGCCGCUGCUCCCUCAGGAAGCAAAACAGUGCCGGGGGUAGAGGUUCUUGAUGGUAGUGCUGGAGGAGUGGAGGGAGAGGGGGAUGGCAGCACUGUUUCUGGUCGUGGUGUUGGCGGUCGCAGCAGCACACUUGGCAUGAUCUGCCUAAAAGAUCUACUCUCUGCCUCCUUGCACUCCCUCUCCUCCCUCACCAACCCUCAAUCUGCAUCCGCUUCCAUCCUCCCUCCCCCCCUCCCAUCCUCUCCCGCCUCCCCGUCCACCGCCCUCACCUCCCUGGCUCUCACCUCCUCGCAUCCUCUCAAUCUCAACUUCACGCCAUCUCUCCUCGAGGCAGCAUGCAUCGCCGCCUCACUCUUUUCCAACCCUCAGGCUCAGCAUGUGUCAUCGCACUAUUGGGUGGAAAAUUAUACCGGCGUGACUUUGCACCUCUGGUUUACCCAAGCUGCUGCUCUGCUGGCCAAUCCGCACCUCCCUGCUCCUACUGCCACGUCAGCAGGCAGUGCCAGCGUGGCAACAGCAAGCCAUGGCGCCACAUCACCCCCAACCACGAGCCCCUCUUACCCUCUCUCCAGGACCGGCAGUGCUGUCAGCAUCGGCUGUGUUUCUCCCGUGCUCGCCUCCUCUGCUGCACCUAUGGAUGGUCGAAGGGCAGGAGGCAGGAGACACAGCAGAGGAGGGAGUGAUGCAUGGUGGAUGGUGGGUGGGGAGGGAGAAGUGGAGAGGAGGGAGAGGAGGGAGAGCGGAGGAGGAGGAAGAGGAGAGGCGGGUGAGGCAAUGGAAGAGGGCAUGGCGUGGGAGCAGCAGCUGUGUCUUGCAGCGCCUCUUGUGUUGAAGAACCUUCUGCUUGUCCCGGUUACGGUCACGCUGAUCUGCACGGACCAGCACGUUCUGCUGCCAACCACCAUCCACGUUCCUCCUGGCUCGUCUGUGGAGGUGUUUGACUUCCCCGCCCACCACACCCUGCAUGCCACGCUGCUCUCAUAUCUGCCACUCAUUCGUUUCUACCCUGUGCCGUGUUUCUCACCUCCCUGCCUCCCAUCAGGUCCCCCCGUGCCCCUGCACCUGAUCCACCUGCACCGCCCUGCCUCCGCCUCCCGCUGUCUGCACCUACUAGCCCCUUUCACCAUCGUCAACGCCACCGACCUCCCUCUCUGCCUCUCCGACGCGCACCUCCACACCUCGCCCUCCUCCCACCUCUUCCUCCCCCCGCACCCCGCCCUUCUCACAAGCGACAGCCUGGCAGCUGCCACGUCAGCGUCUCUUCCGACCGCGUUGAUGGCGAGCGGUGUGCCGCUUGUGCCAGCUGGCAGCGCAGCAGCGGGCGGUGGGGUGGGAGGGUUGGCGGCGGUGCUUCCUGGGAUGAGCCAAGGAAUGAGCGCUGCUGCUGGUGGCUCUGAUACCAGGCCAGACUCACACGUUCCUGCAGCCACAAACGUGGGAGCUGCAGUAAAGGGUACAGGAACGAGAAGCGAGGGCAGAGAAGGAGGGAGAGAGGAGAUAAGCCAGGGGGGAGGAGCAGCGCUGCAACCCCCUAUGGCCCUGUUUACUCCUGCCCCACCUGCACCUGCUCUUGAUGCUGACUCUGCUGCUUCUGGCGCCACUGCAGGGCUUCACCCCACCCAGCCAGCACUCGUGCUGCGAGUGGGGGGCACUGCUGCUGCUGCUGCUGCUGCUACAGCUGCGGGUCUAGGUGGUGCUGGGGGCAUGCGCUCUCUCAAUGCCUCUCCGCCUUCCACUGUGCCGGACUGGAGCCAUGUGACGCUCUCUGGUUGGUCGGCAGCUAUCCCAGUGGAGCCAGCAGGGGGAGUGGCAGAGCACGGCACGGACCGACACAUUCUCAUCAAGGCUGGAGGCAACGCACCCAUUCACUUCACCAAGCUGCAGCGUCGCCUCUACCUGUCACUGCGUCUGGCUGACAGCAGCUGCGAGUGGUCCGGUGCCUUCCGCCCCUCCCAGCUUGGUGACACUCAGCUCAAGCUGCGCUGCUCCUCCCCCUCCUCUUCGCCCUCCUCACCCCUCGCCCUCACUCGCAUUGUGAGGGUCGACGUGUCACUCGCCGAACCCCACCUGCCACACGCCUCUGCUGCCGCUGCGCCCACGCAUGCAGCCGCUGCUGCUGCUGCCGACGCUGCUGCCAGUGUUGCGACAAACGCCAGUGGAAGCAGCAGCAGCAGUGGUGGAAUCACUGGGGGCACUGAGGCAGAGGGGGUUGGCAGCAGUGGUGGCAGCAGCCGGGGCGGUGAGGGCAGCGCUGGCAAGUGGAGUGGGGGAGGGACGUACCUGGUGGUGAUUGGGGAGGACGACUCGGGAUUCAUGCCCUUCCGCAUUGACAACUGCUCCCGAGAGGUGCUGCGGUUCUACCAGCGCGGGUGUGAGGGGCUGGGCCACACCGACUCCCUCAAGCCCUUUGCCGCCACGCCCUACGCAUGGGACGAGCCCUGCCGCCCACACCGCCUCGUGCUUGAGAGAGAGCAGCGGCGCUUGAGAGUAUCUGUAUCAGCACAAGGACCAAUCAGGGUCCUCUCUGUGUGUGACAUCGACCUCUUUCCUCCACCCUCCUCCUUCCCCCCACUCCACCUCAAGUACUCCUCCAUGCCACGUCACGCUGAGCUGUCAUCCAGUCAGCACCACCAAUCGUGGAGUCUCUCCUCCAAAUCCCCCUCUGUCUCCCAGUCUUCCUCCUCCUCUCUUCGCGAACUACUCCUGAGUGUGCGCAUCCCCCUUAUAGCACUCUCCGUUAUAGACAAUCGCCCUCAGGAGCUGCUUCUUCUCUCCCUGCACCGCCUCUCCAUCUCCCUCUCCCGCUCCGCCCACCAACACUCCCUCUCCUUCCUCCUCUCCCACCUACAACUCGACAACCAACUCCCCAAUGCCCUCUUCCCCAUCCUCCUCGCCUCCUCCUCCCCUCCUCCUCUCUCCCUCCCUCACUCCACACCACCACCCUUCCCUUCUCCAUCACCCUCCCCGUUCUCCAUGCUCCACCCAUCCCACACCUCACCAAGCCUCGCGCUAUUACAAGCCGCUAUCCAAGCCCCCUCUCUGCUGCUCUCCUCAGUUCUCCACCACACCGCCGAACAGCAUCAAGUAUUUUCCCACACUAAUCUGCAUGCACCUGCCCAAGACAGCCUGCACGGAAAGGGGCAAGCGGCGGUGGCGGCUGAGGGGGGGGGAUUGCCGGCGGUGAUAGCAGAGGUGGUGGCGUGGUGGCAGAGAGUGGGCUCCGUGCUGUGUGUGGAGAGCAUGAGGGUCGGCCUCGCCCCUCUGUCUCUGGAGCUCGAGGAGCAUCUGCUGCUGCGACUGCUCGACUUCUCCCGCACCUGCAUCGCUGCUCUCUCCGCCCUCGGCUCCCCCUCGCCCCCACCUCCGCCCCAUACCUCCCCUCUUGCGUCCAGCAGCAAGGCUGUGGGGAGAGGCGGAGCCGGGAACGCUGGCGGGGGAAGGGGCCAGGGACGGGAGGAGGGGAGGAGGGCAGCUGGAGCACAAGCAGGGAGGGGAGCUGGAGAUAAGGGGGAGGAGGAGGAGGGACGGCAGCAGGGGCAGGAGCAGAUGCGGCGAGUGUACGUCUGGUGCAGUGGCGCAUCAGUGGCAGCAGUGGGGGUGGUGGGCGGCCAGGGCAUGAACACAUCCCCGCACAUUCCAGGCACAGCCAACAUGUACAUAGAAACCAUGGCCAUCCUCCCCAUCCACAUCACCAUCAGCUUCGCCAGUGCACCAUGGGCCGCGGAGCAGAGCAGGGGGGCAGCAGCGCAGGGGGUGCUGGGGGCACUGGGGGCGGUGGUGCAGAGGAGUGUGCUGUCGCUGGCGGACGUGCAGGGAGCGCCGCUGGGGCUGUCCGCGUGGCAGCUGGAGCACUUCUUUGGCGGCCCGGCGUCUCUGGGAGCAAGGCUUGAGCGACACUACACGCUGCAGCUGCUGCAGGCGCUCUACAAGGUGGUGGGGUCAGCGGACUUCCUGGGCAACCCAGUGGGGCUGCUCUCGUCCCUCUCCGCCAGCCUCUGGGACCUGCUCGCCUCGCCCACCCACACGCUGCUCAUGCGCCGGAACCCAGCAGGGUUCGCCAAGGGCGUGUGGGCGGGGUGGACGAGUCUUCUGCGUACCACCCUCUUUGCUCUCUCGCACUCUGCCUCGCGCAUGUCGCAUGCCGCGUCCAAGGGGAUGGCAUCGUUGGCAUGGGAUGAGGAGAACGAGGAGGUCUUGGAGCGGGCAGGCCAGGCAUGGGCCCCACACGCCUCAGACGAAGCCUCCUUCUUCGCCUCUCUCAUUCAGGGUGUGACGGGCCUCUUGGACCGUCCAAUCAGGGGAUGGGAGAGGGGCGGUCUCCCGGGGCUUGCAUCCGGCUUGACACAGGGAGUGCUGGGGGUGGUGGCACGACCAGCAGCAUCGGCACUGGCGCUGGCAGCAAAAACAGCAGAGAGCAUCCGCAACGUGGCCCGCCCUCCCGGCCCCUCCCACGCUCUGCACCCGCUGCGCCUGCCGCGGCAGCUGAGCCCUGCCCGCCCCCUCGCCCCUUACUGCCACUCCCAAGCUGCUGCCCAGGCUGCCCUGGCUGAGGCUGCAGGGGGGGCGUGGCGCGAUGAGGACGCCCUGGCUUGCUUCCAAGUGAUCCCUGCGCCACCAGCACCAGCAUUAGCAGCAGCAUUAGCACCAGUAUUGCCUGGCUCGUUAGGGGCACCAGAGGAGGCAUUCGUUAUAGUCACACCGUCACACAUGCUGCACGUGUGGAGAGUGGCAGCAGCGGGGCGGCACGGUAGGAGCCAGAGGGCCAGCCAAUGGCAGGUGGCGUGGGCGGUGCCUCUGAGGGACGUGAUUGGCUGCUGCAGCAUGCAGCCCGAUGACUCACAUGUGCAGCGUGGAAGUGAGGAGAGAGCAGAUGCGAGCGAGCAUGCAGCACGUGGGAGUGAGCAUAGGGAACAUGUGAUACAGGCAGCGGAUGCAGCAGAAGAGAGCAAGGCAUUGAUGCAGCACGCAUCAACACCACACCGUGCUGCCUACACACCUCCUGCCACUGAUGCCGCCGCCCUCCCACCUGCUCUUGCUGCGAUUCAAGCUCAGCCCAAAAUGCAGACCACGACACCGCCGCCCGCCACUGUGGACGGGGGGGGCAGUGAGGCUCACUCUGCGACUGUGGACAACAGUGAAGCCUCGACAGUUGUUGUAAUGGAGCUUCCAGCCGAAGGCACGGGGUUGGCUUCACUGCAUGGACUUACCCUCCAGCUCUCCACAGCUCAGGAAGCUCAAGAAUUUGUUCAGCUUGUGAAGGCCAUUGGUGCUAAAGGAAAGGCGGCGCAGCUCAUCAUGUCCCGAGGCCAUCUUCUCUUCCCGCAGGCGCGCCGUGCGGCCGCCGCGGCGUGCAGGGUGGACGCGCUGGUUCCCGCAGCGGCGGGAGCAGCAGCUCCGCGCGGCAGCGGGCGGCUGUUCAGCUCGUCGAGCUCCGCGCCGCCCGCGGACGGCGAGGCGCCGAAGCAGGAGCUCACGCCGGUGCAGGCGGAGUGGGCGAAGCGCGCGUCCAAGGAGAUCAAGGGCGGUGACCCGUUCGAGGAGCUCAAGACGCUCUCGCCCGAGGGAAUCUGGAUCAAGCCGGUCUACUCGUACUCCGACGUGCCCGAGGAGUCAAAGACGGAGAUGCCGGGCGUCUUCCCCUUCUCGCGCGGCCCCUAUGCCACCAUGUACACGCAGCGCCCCUGGACCAUUCGCCAAUACGCCGGCUUCAGUACGGCGGAGGAGUCGAACGCGUUCUACCGGCGGAAUCUGGCGGCGGGGCAGAAGGGGCUGUCCGUGGCCUUCGACCUCGCCACGCACCGCGGUUAUGACUCCGAUCACCCGCGCGUGGUGGGCGACGUGGGCAUGGCGGGAGUGGCAGUGGACAGCGUGGAGGACAUGAAGGUGCUCUUCAGCGGCAUCCCGCUCGACAAGAUGUCCGUCUCCAUGACCAUGAACGGCGCCGUGCUGCCGGUUAUGGCGUUUUUCAUCGUCGCCGCGCAGGAGCAAGGUGUGGAUCUAGCCAAAGUCUCUGGAACGAUUCAAAACGACAUCUUGAAGGAGUACAUGGUGCGCAACACGUACAUCUACCCGCCCGCGCCGUCCAUGCGCGUGGUGGGCGAUAUCAUGGCGUACACGUCACGCCACAUGCCCAAGUUCAACUCCAUCUCCAUCUCGGGCUACCACAUGCAGGAGGCGGGCGCUGACUGCGCCGUUGAGAUGGCAUUCACCAUAGCUGACGGGCUGGAGUACAUUCGGUGCGGCAUGGAGGCGGGCGUGGGCGUGGACGAGCUGGCUCCGCGCUUCUCCUUCUUCUGGGCCAUCGGCAUGAACUUCUACAUGGAGAUCGCCAAGAUGCGGGCAGCACGCCGCGUAUGGGCCAAGCUGGUCAAGGAGAAGUUCAACCCUAAGAACUCCAAGUCGCUCGUCCUCAGGACGCACAGCCAGACGUCCGGUUACUCACUGACCGAGCAGGACCCAUACAACAACGUGAUCCGCACCACAGUGGAGGCCAUGGCGGCAGUGCUGGGCGGCACGCAGUCCCUCCACACCAACGCCUUCGACGAGGCGCUGGCUCUGCCCUCCGAGAUGAGCGCGCGCAUCGCCCGCAACACGCAGCUCAUCCUGCAGGAGGAGACGGGCAUCACCCACGUGGCGGACCCCUGGGGCGGGUCGUACAUGAUGGAGGCGCUGACUGCGGAGCUUGAGAAAAAGGCGCUGGCGAUUAUUGAGGAGGUGGAGGCGGCGGGGGGGAUGACCAAGGCUAUCAUGUCUGGCAUGCCCAAACGCAAGAUUGAGGAGUGCUCCGCUCGCAAACAGGCGCGAGUGGACAGUGGAUUGGACGUGGUGGUGGGGGUGAACAAGUAUCGCCUCAAGGAGGAGGAGGGCGUGGAGCUCAGGCACAUUGACAACGCCGCUGUGCUCAAGAGUCAGGUCAAACGCCUGGGGGAGCUUCGUGCGUCCCGCGACAAUGAAAAGGUGAAGGCAGCACUGGCAGCGCUAACAGCAGCGGCAAAGAGCACGGAGCGCGGAGAGGGGUGCAACCUGCUGACUCUUGCAGUGGAGGCAGCGCGAGUGCGGUGCACGCUGGGGGAGAUCAGUGAUGCUCUCGAGGCAGAGUGGGGCCGCCAUGUGGCUGACUCCACCAUCUCUACUGGAGCCUACAGGGGCGAGUACGGGCGCGCUACAGGAGGCCAGGAAACCGACGAGCUAGCCGCAGUGAAAGCAGCCGUAGAAGCCUUUGAGAAGAGCACCGGGCGGCGUCCCCGUGUCCUCAUCGCCAAGAUGGGGCAGGACGGGCACGACCGCGGCGCUAAGGUGGUGGCAACUGGCCUGGCAGACCUGGGAUUCGACAUCGACAUCGGGCCUCUCUUCCAAACCCCUGCAGAGGUCGCACGGCACGCCAUGGAGGCCGAUGUGCACGUGGUGGGUGUGAGCUCGCAGGCUGCUGGGCACAAGACGCUGGUGCCUCAACUGCUGGAUGAGUUGAAGGCGCAGGGGAUGGAGAGGGUGCUGGUGAUUGCGGGGGGGGUCAUUCCCCCCGAUGACUAUCAGUUCCUGUUUGACAAGGGCGUGGGGGCUAUCUUUGGCCCGGGCACGCGCAUUCCCAAGUGUGCGCUGGAGAUUCUGGAGAAGAUCAAGCCGGAGUCUUAG